UAAACUUCAAUUCUAUUUCAAGCAACCCAGGUGAAUCUUAUCACACGACAAAAAUUUUCGGCAUUCAAUUUUCUUUGGUUUUCUGUAUGGAUACAAGCAUUUGACUUCUUCCGGAGUUCUCAAAAAGCCUCAAAAUCCACAAAAAAAUCAUUUUUCGACAAUUUUCCUAAAUUCGCAGUACAAAAAUGGCUGAGUCAAGAGUUUUGCCCGUUGAGCCUGUAGCACAAAAAACUGACCAACAGUCGACUCUUGAACGCAAACCGACAGUUUUGGAAGAGCAUGGAUACCAAAUUGGCGGUCAAAUCGGGCACGGAAGCUAUGCAAAAGUUAAAUUAGCAUUUUCGAAGGAUCAUAAUGCUGUCGUUGCCAUCAAAAUUAUCUCGAAAUUCAGAACGCCCAAGGAUUAUUUGAAGAAUUUCCUGCCUCGUGAGAUCGACGUUGUUCGUGGAUUGCAACAUCCGAACCUAAUUCGCUUCUAUCAGUCCAUCGAAACGACUCAUCGGGUCUUUAUAAUUAUGGAAUACGCUGAAAAUGGCUCCUUAUUGGACUUGAUAAGAACAGAAAAGAAACUUACCGAACCUCGUGCGAGACUUCUAUUUCGCCAAAUCGUCGCUGUGAUCGAAUAUAUCCACGAAAAAGGCAUCGUUCAUCGCGAUAUCAAGUGCGAAAAUUUACUUUUCGACAAGAAAAAUGUCCUAAAAUUGAUUGAUUUUGGUUUCGCUCGUGGUGACAUGCAUCCUCCGAAGAUGUCGGAGACUUAUUGCGGAAGUUACGCCUAUGCAAGUCCUGAAAUUUUGAAGGGAAUUCCGUAUCAACCGCAAUUUUCGGAUAUUUGGGCCAUUGGAGUCGUUUUGUAUGCGAUGGUUAUUGGGAAAUUACCCUUUGACGACUCAAGUGUGCGUUAUUUGUUGAAGCAAGUGCAGCAAAAAGUCAGUUUUCCAUUGAGCGCUGCCGAAUUAAGUGACGAUGUGAAGAUUUUAAUACAAAAAAUAUUGGCUCCAUUGAAAAUUAGGGCGGGAAUCGAUGAAAUUAAAGCUGAUCCGUGGUUUUUGAAGGAAGAAGCGGAUGAAACGACAGUUGAAGAGGAAAAAGCAACAGCGGCUUGAGAGAAUUUUUCGUGUGUUUGACUAAAUU